AUCCAUCUGAAAAAAAUCACCAAGAAAAGCGAGCUCAAUGGUUGAGCGGAAUUCCGUUCCAGAAGUGAUAACCAACUCCGUUGACACCACUUUCAACCUUAACACCACAACAAAUGCACCCUGGACUAGAAAGUACACUAUGAAUUCCUUAGGGGAGACAGUGCUUAUGUCUUAUAUGGCUGUUUCAUCAAAUUGUUUAAAAAUGCGGUGUCCCCAUCAUGCAAGGCAACUUUUUGAAAGCCUCAAGGCUCAACCAACUCUGCAUCCUUAUUUGAAGGUCUAUCUUUGAAUGUGAUAAUAUGGCUUCGCCGACAUCAAAUACAGAGCGUAGCGAGCCUCAAACCAUCAGCGGCGAUGAUGAAAAGACCGAAUCGCGUUCAAAUACACCAACCUUGAACGAACCCACUCAAGACGAGAAGCCGAAGAAAUCAGAAGAUGGCGAUGGCGAACUCACAACAGAGGAGGAGGAAACUGAAUGGAUAUCAGGAUGGAAGCUUGCAAGCAUGAUGAUAUCCCUUACGCUUGCUGCAUUCUUAAUGCUGCUGGAUAUGUCCAUCAUCUCAACGGCUGUUCCGCGCAUAACUUCGGACUUUCACUCUUUGCCGGACAUAGGAUGGUAUGCCAGUGCAUACAAUCUUGCUAGUGCUGCCCUACAGCCACUUACCGGCAAAAUAUACAUGUACUUCAACACAAGAUGGACUUUCUUAGCGUUGUUCUUCGUGUUCGAAGUUGGCAGUCUUAUUUGCGGCGUAGCCCAGUCGUCUGCUAUGUUGAUUAUCGGCCGAGCCGUUGCUGGAAUCGGCUCUUCUGGUAUUCAGAAUGGUGCUCUUACUAUGAUUGCGAAGGCAGUUCCUAUUCAUAGGCGUCCGUCCCUUGUUGGUAUUAUCAUGGGGUUUGCUCAGCUGGGACUCAUCAGUGGCCCUUUGAUAGGAGGCGCUUUCACUCAGUAUACCACUUGGCGAUGGUGCUUUUACAUCAACCUUCCCAUCGGCGCCAUCUGUGCGGUUCUAAUUCUGUUCGUCCAUAUGCCUGAUCACCGAGCCAAUAGAGACGAAAGCGCCAUGCAGAUUCUGAAAACGAAACUCGACUUCACCGGCUUCGUCUUGUUCUGCCCUAGCAUAGUGAUGUUGCUACUAGCUCUCCAAUGGGGUGGUCUUGAGUAUCCCUGGGAUUCUGCAACUGUCAUUGGACUCUUCUGUGGCGGCGGUGUUCUUUUCAUCAUCUUUGUAUACUGGGAGCAUCGCGUUGGUUCAGAGGCCAUGAUUCCUCUCCCAAUUGUACGCACAAGGGAGGUCUGGGCUUCAUGCCUGUCACAGUCGUUUCUGUUUUCUACGGUGAUGGUAGCAUCGUACUAUUUUCCUGUCUAUUUCCAGUCGGCUAAAGAUGCUUCACCUUUCACUAGUGGUGUCAAUCUUCUCCCUAGUAUUCUCAGUGUCAUCUUCGCAGCUGUCGCGAGUGGCGCUCUUGCUCAAAGGGUUGGCUACUAUCUUCCAUUCGCCACAGCCAGCGCCAUUCUCUCUUCUAUCGGCUUUGGUCUAGCCUCCUCGAUGAGCCCUUACGCUUCAACGGCUACAUGGGCCGGCUAUCAGAUUCUGAUAGGUCUUGGACGUGGUCUCGGUCUACAGAUGCCCAUUAUCGCUAUCCAGGCGAACACGAGUGCCGAUGUUACUCCUAUAGCCAUGGCGAUCUUGACUUUCUCUCAAACCUUUGGCAGUGCGAUCUUUAUCACAGCUGCGAAUGUCAUUUUCACUCAUGAGCUUCGCAAUGAGCUUGUCGCAAGACUUCCCGAUAUCAACGCUGACAUGAUCAUCGAUGCCGGUGCUGGAGCAGUCAGUGAAGUUGUUUCAGGAGCAGAUUUACCGCAGGUCUUGUGGUCGUACUCUAGAGGUGUGCGUGCGACGUUUCUGCUUGCUGUAGGCACGUCGUGUGCCAUGGUUCUUUCGUCUUUUGGAAUGGGAUGGAAGGAUAUCAGGAAGAAGCCCGGCUCUUCCCCUGUCCCUGAUGAAGCCUGAAGAGAAAAUAGCAAAGGCUUUGAGGUUCAAGCACGAUAUGGAAAUUCGAGCAUACAUAGAAUGGCUGGUUUUUGUGCAAUGAAAAGCAUGGGCCAUAUGAUUAGAGGCAAUAGUAUGACAAUCUCAACUUAAUUACAUCAUUAUAAUGAA